GGAUCGCAAGGUGUAGUGCUGUUUUCAGUGUUUUGAGUGUUUUCUACUCCCAGUCCAGAACCAGACAACAUGAUCCCAACAGUUUCUUUCUUGAGACAUUUCUACUAUACUGGUCAAAUUUCCCCGAUUUGAAAUGUAACUCUACUUUGCAACUUUUUAUCCUUCUCUAGCUUAUCAUAUGACAAUUGAAGUUAUUGUCACUGAGACACGGACAGUGCCAAUCCAACCCAGUUGACGCUCAUCGGUUCCUGCUUUACCAACUCAUCUCUUCUAAUCAGUCCUGAUGCGAUUUCGCAUCUUCACAAUUAUCAUUACCUUACUUGGGUCGUAUGAAUUAUUCGUAGAUUGUCAAGAAUUCCAACAGAUCUUACGAUUUCAAUAACCUCUUUAAAGUGGGUGUAGAUUUCCUUCUGUAGUCACACACUUUUAAGAGCAUUUAUUGUCGGUUUUGGACUGACUGAAUAGAGAGAUGGCUCUGGCGCGGUUCGGCCGCCAAGCAAAACGCCCAUAUGGGUUGUGUGUGAAGAUGACGGCGGUGGCCGUAUUGGGUCUCUGCUUUAUAUUCGUUUGGUCAAUCUUCGCUUCCCCUUCCUCUUCUCUCACCACGCAGAGGGAAAGCUUUGAUGAUAUUGGUGAGCCCGCAUCGGCAGGUAUGAAGAAGGUGAGCAGUUCUAGUACCCAGUCUGAAGAGAAGCAGCCAGUGAAGCAUGAAACAUCUCAAGCAAGGAAAGAAGAUAAGAAAGUUAAGGUUGAAUCAGAUUCUGAAGUGAAAGGUGAGAAAAAGGUUAAUGGGUCUGCGAAUAUAUCAGGUAAUGAGCAUGAAUCUAGGAGGAAGAAUCAGAAAGAAAUGUCAAGUGCGAAGAAAGGGAAAGUCAAGCCAAAGUCAAAUGAUGGAAGGACUAUAGAGAAUGGUCAGGAAGGAGAGGAAUCUGAGGAUCGAGAUUCAAAUGAACAGGAAGUGCAAGAAGUUGUUGAUGGGAAGGAAGAAGAAGCAAGUGCAGAGACUGAAGUAAAUGGAUUGAUAGAAGGAGAUGAUGACCUGGAUGAACAACCAGAUCAGGUAGAUUUGGAGAAGGUUGAAGAUGAGAGUAAUGAACCAAAAACUGCAGGAAAGAAAAGGAAGAGAAAGGGUCCUUUGUUUGAUCCAAAAAUGCAUUAUGUAUGGAAAUUAUGUAGCACGAGAAGCAAGCAUAAUUACAUUCCUUGUAUUGAUAAUGACAGUGUCAUGGGAAGGCUGCAGGCUUACAGGCAUACAGAGAGGAGUUGCCCAAGAACACCUCCUAUGUGCCUUGUUCCUCUCCCACAUGAGGGUUAUGAGACUCCAGUGCCCUGGUCUGAGAGCAAAUCAAAGAUAUUCUAUAAGAAUGUUGCGCAUCCAAAACUUGCUGCAUAUGUUAAAAAGCAUACUUGGGUGGUUGAGUCUGGAGAACAUCUUACUUUUCCUCAGAACCAGUCUGAAUUCAAGGGUGGAGUUCUUCACUACCUUGAAUCCAUUGAAGAGAUGGUACCAGACAUUGAGUGGGGCAAGAAUAUUCGGGUAGUACUGGACAUUGGAUGUACAGACUCAAGCUUUGGGGCAACUCUGCUUGACAAGGAUGUAUUAACAUUAACACUUGGCUUAAAAGAUGAUCUAAUUGACCUAGCUCAGGUUGCCCUUGAGCGUGGUUUUCCUGCAUUUGUUACUCCUUUUGCACAUAGAAGAAUCCCCUUUCCCAGUGGUGUUUUCGAUGCUAUUCACUGUGGCAGUUGCAGCAUGCCUUGGCAUUCCAAUGGGGGUAAACUUCUUCUUGAGAUGAAUAGGAUUUUAAGGCCUGGUGGAUAUUUUAUCUUGUCAUCUAAACACGACAGCAUUGAAGAUCAAGAAGCCAUGACCAGGAUGACAGCAUCCGUCUGUUGGAAUAUUUUGGCUGAUAAAUCAGACGAAGUAAGUGAAGUUGGUGUUAAAAUAUAUCAGAAGCCUGAAUCAAAUGAUAUAUAUGAGUUGAGAAUGAAGAAAAAUCCACCUCUCUGCAAGGAAAACGAAAACCCAGAUGCAGCCUGGUAUGUUCCAAUGAAAACUUGCCUGCAUAACAUUCCUUCUGCCAUUGAACAACACGGGACUGAGUGGCCUGAGGAAUGGCCCAAGAGGCUUCAAACUUAUCCUGACUGGAUGAAUGAUAAAGAAAAAUUGAUUGCAGACACCGACCAUUGGAAAGCUAUUGUUGAUAAAUCCUAUCUCACAGGGAUGGGGAUUGACUGGUCACAUAUCCGAAAUGUAAUGGACAUGAAGGCUGUCAAUGGCGGAUUUGCAGCCGCUCUCUCACAACAGAAUGUGUGGGUGAUGAAUGUAAUCCCUGUCCAUGCACCAGAUACACUUCCCAUCAUAUAUGAACGUGGGCUCAUCGGUAUAUACCAUGAUUGGUGCGAGUCUUUUGGCACUUACCCAAGAUCCUAUGACCUAUUGCAUGCUGAUCAUCUGUUUUCACGGCUUAAGAACAGGUGUAAGGAGCCCGUCUCCAUUGUUGUUGAGAUGGAUCGCAUUUUACGGCCUGGAGGUUGGACAAUUAUACGUGACAAGGUUGAGAUACUGGAUCCUCUGGAAGGAAUAUUGAGAAGCUUGCAGUGGGAUAUCAGAAUGACUUAUGCUCAAAACAAGGAGGGUAUCUUAUGCGCGCAAAAGACCCUAUGGUGGCCAUAGAAUCUCUGUGCAUGCAUGAUAUGACUUACAACUCUUACACGAAAGAUGGAAUGUGGAUUCAUCAUUUUUGGGUCAUAUAGGAACUCACUUGAUUGCUACUCAUACAAAUUAAUGGAUCACAUUUUUAUUGUCUGGUUUUGUCCAUAUGUUUCAGUUUCUUGUAUAAAUUUAGUUGAGGUUUGUUUUGUGAACAUGGAAUCGUCGAUUCUUCUUUGAAA